CGUCAGUGACGGUGCAGGAGCGAGACGCAGCUUCGCAAUUGCACCGCGGAGCGCAGGAGAGGGCGAAAAUGAUUAAUCUGUCAAAGCGGAAUUUGUUUUCGGGAUGAAGCCGCUCUGAUCUGAACGAAAACCUACAGGAACAAUACGAUUUAUGCACAGGAAUAUACGAUCCAGCAGGUGGUGCUUGUGUGAUCGUGCAGGUUCUGGCCACUCGUCUUUGCUGCCUGAUCUGUGCGUCGGUUCAGCACCGGACAGCGACCGGGACCAUCGGACAGUGAAAACACCGAAGACAUCCUGAGGCGGGUCGCUCCGACCCUCGCUUGGCUCGGGGCAACUCGCGGCUAGAUGACUUCACUACAUCAACAAGCACCGCGGUAUCCUGGACUAAUAUAGCAGCGCCACACAUCCUCCCUACACCCUCCUCUUCCUCCUCCUCCUCCUUCCUCCUCUCUUUCUCUCUCUCGAUUCGUUGAUCCGGAGUCCCUCCGUCUAAAGGCACCAUGGGAAACCGUGGCAUGGAGGACUUGAUCCCGCUGGUCAACAAGCUGCAGGAUGCCUUCAGCUACAUCGGGCAAGCCUGCAACCUGGACCUGCCGCAGAUCGCGGUGGUCGGCGGCCAGAGUGCAGGAAAGAGCUCCGUGCUGGAGAACUUUGUGGGCAGGGACUUCCUGCCCCGUGGAUCUGGCAUUGUCACCCGCAGGCCCCUGGUUCUGCAGCUUAUCAGCGCCACUGCAGAAUGGGCUGAAUUCCUGCAUUGCAAAGGGAAGAAGUUCACGGACUUCGAUGAGGUUCGCCAAGAGAUCGAGGCAGAGACUGACCGUAUCACGGGGGCCAACAAGGGCAUAUCUCCCGUCCCCAUUAACCUGCGGGUUUACUCCCCACAUGUGCUGAACCUGACUCUCAUCGACCUGCCGGGGAUCACCAAGGUGCCGGUUGGAGACCAGCCUGUGGACAUCGAGCAGCAGAUCAAGGAAAUGAUCAUGCAGUUCAUCACCAGAGAGAGCUGCUUGAUUUUGGCUGUCACUCCAGCAAACACUGACCUGGCCAACUCUGAUGCCUUGAAACUGUCCAAGGAUGUGGAUCCACAGGGUCUACGAACUAUUGGAGUGAUCACCAAACUGGAUUUAAUGGACGAGGGAACAGAUGCACGAGAUGUGCUGGAGAACAAGCUGCUGCCACUGCGAAGAGGUUAUAUUGGAGUGGUGAAUCGCAGUCAGAAGGACAUAGACGGGAAGAAAGACAUCAAGGCCGCCCUGGAGGCUGAGAGGAAGUUCUUCUUUUCCCACCCGUCGUACAGGCACAUGGCUGACAAAAUGGGCACCCCGCGCCUGCAGAGAGUGCUCAAUGAGCAACUGACCAACCACAUCCGGGACACCCUGCCAGCUUUCCGCAGUAAGCUGCAGUCCCAGCUGUUGGCUCUGGACAAGGAGGCCGAGGAAUACCGGGGAUACCGACCUGAUGACCCGUCACGCAAAACCAAACAGCUGCUGCAGAUGGUGCAGCAGUUCUCUGUGGACUUUGAGAAAAGGAUUGAGGGUUCAGGGGAUCAGGUGGACACAGUGGAGCUGUCUGGUGGAGCAAAAAUCAACCGCAUCUUCCAUGAGCGUUUCCCCUUUGAGCUGGUCAAGAUGGAGUGUGAUGAGAAGGAGAUGCGCCGUGAGAUCAGCUAUGCUAUCAAGAACAUCCACGGUAUCAGGACUGGACUGUUCACCCCCGACAUGGCGUUCGAGGCUAUUGUGAAGAAGCAGAUCAUGAAGCUGAAGGGACCCUGCGUCAAGUGUGUGGACAUGGUCAUCCAGGAACUGAUUAACGUCGUACGCCAGUGCUCCAACAAGCUGGAGAGCUUCCCCAUGCUGCGUGAGGAAACUGAAAGAAUUGUGACAUCUCACAUCCGAGACAGAGAGAGUCGGGCCAAAGACCAGGUUCUGCUGUUGAUAGACAUCGAGCUCUCUUACAUCAACACCAACCACGAAGACUUCAUUGGCUUUGCAAAUGCGCAGCAGAGGAGCAGCCAGACUAAUAAGAGCCAGAGUUCAGCAACGAAUCAGGUCAUACGCAAAGGCUGGCUGACCAUCAACAACAUCAGCAUCAUGAAGGGAGGAGCCAAAGAGUACUGGUUCGUGCUGACUGCUGAAAGCCUCUCCUGGUUCAAGGAUGAUGAGGAGAAAGAGAAGAAGUACAUGCUCCCUCUGGACAACCUGAAGGUCCGCGAUGUGGAGAAGAGUUUCAUGUCCAGCAAGCACAUAUUCUGUAUUUUCAACACAGAGUCAAGGAAUGUGUACAAGGAUAAUCGCACCCUGGAGUUGGCCUGUGACUCUCAGGAAGAUGUGGACAGCUGGAAGUCGUCUCUCCUGCGUGCGGGGGUCUAUCCCGAGAAGACCACUACGGUUGAGAGUGAGACCACGACCACCUCGGAUAACUUCUCAAUGGACCCUCAGCUGGAGCGUAAAGUGGAAACCAUCCGAAACCUGGUGGACUCCUACAUGGCUAUCGUGAACAAGUGCACCCGGGAUCUCAUCCCCAAGACCAUCAUGCAUCUAAUGAUCAUCAAUGUGAAGGACUUCAUAAACGCUGAGUUGCUGGCUCAGCUGUACUCUACAGGCGACCAAAACACUCUAAUGGACGAGUCCCAGGAGCAGGCCCAGAGAAGGGACGAGGUGCUGAGGACCCACCAGGCCCUGAAGGAGGCUCUUAGCAUCAUCGGCGAUAUCUCCACCUCCACCAUCACCACUCCCAUGCCUCCACCUGUUGACACCUCUUGGAUGGGACCCGGGGGGAAUCGCAGGUCUCCUCCACCUAGCCCCACUGCCCCCAGGAGGAUGUCUUCAGGACAGCGUCCAGGUCCUCGAGGGGCCCCUCCACCACCGAACCGUCCAGGACCUCUGGGGCCCUUCAAUAACAGUGCUGACAGUCCUCAGGCCCCCAGCCGCCCAAACAGGGCUCCUCCCAGCAUCCCCAGCCGGCGACCCCCACCAUCUCCAACAAGACAAGCCCCACCUUAAACAUCUUAAAGGGGGUUCCUCCAUACUCUUAUCUCCCUCACUCCCCCUCCCCCUCUCCUCCCCCUCUCUCUUAGCCAUGGUUCUGCAGUCCUGGUCUCUCAUUUAGUGCAGACGCUGAAGUCUUUGAACCCAAAUUUCCUGCCAGGUGACGAUGUCCAUAUAUCUAUGUACAGUAUGGUACUUGUCUUGUGGUGUAUGUGUACGUGCGCUUGUUGCUCGCCUGUGGUUCAGGUUUGCUUAGCAGAUCCACUACCCCAGUAUCUGUCCCUGGAGCCCCAAAAACCUCCACCCCAGACACACACACAAGUACACACACAAAAACCCCUCACCAAGUCAUCCAACGCCCCCCUCUUGCUGCUUCUACAUGAAAAUAUGCCGAGCAGUCGUACUGCCCUACUCAUUCCAAAACGCAGCAUGGUACAUAAGCUGCUUUUAUUGCAUGGGAGUGUGCGUAUGUAGAGUGUGUGUGCGUGUGUUUUGUGCGUUUGUAUAUGGGGACAGGACUUCGUUGCCUAUAUGUAGGCUGAGUUUAUUUAGUAUGGUAUUAAUUCAUUGUAUAAUGGCCCCAAAUUAAAUGUUUAUUAUCAGCUUAAUGUUCUCUUAGGAACAGGAGUUUUAUCUAGUAUGUGUGUUAACGUGCGUGGGAGUAACUCUGUGUAUGUGUGUGUGUAAGAGUGUGUGUGAGGACACGUGUGCAUGUGCCGUUUGUCUGCACGUUCGUUGGAGUUUCAGUUGUGUUUGUUUUCAUGGUCAAAGCUGUUAAAGGUGAAUCAUAAAGCCCAUGAGGAUACAUUUAAUGUGGGACUUUUGUUCGUUGUUACUGUGUUGUUGUAGCAGCCGUACACACACGUGGCAGGGACGAGGAGCACCUUCAGUAUUGUUAUCUCUAUGGAAACAGCAUCAAUAAUACAAUCAACCUCGUCAUAGUUGUCCACCUGUGCUAUAUCAACGGUCAAGUUAUGACCCUCACCGCCAUGAGCUCUGGUUCAGACGCUGACUGCUGAGAUGGAAGAUGCCACUUAAAAAUAAUUAUGUUUCCAUUUAGAUUUUUCUCAGGUUUGAAGCUCCAUGCACAUCACAACCUACCUGUCUGUUUCCCUUUUGAGUUUCUCUUCUCUCACUGUUAAAACCAGUCAGUCAGCAUCUGCGCCCGAGCUUAAGGUGCUGUCUUCAACGUACAAGUGCUUCUCUGUCUGUUUGUUAUCGUGUAUGUGAGCCUAAACUUUGUUCUGAUGUAUAUAGUCAAUGAUAAGGAGAUACUGUACCUGUGGACUCAAAAGACCUCAUCAAGGAUCCUAUCGCUUUAAUCGUUCUCUGUGUCUCUAUUCACUAAAUGCUCUCUUCUAUUGAAUUUAGACUGCCUUACCGGCAUGAAUUACAACUCUGUAUUGCCAAAGCUAAAUGUAGAAAGAGAAUCCGAAAGUCUAAGAAAAAAAACAAACAGAAAAACUUGCUGUGGGUCAACACAAAUUGUUCCAGCUGUGGUGAGACGGCAUUGUUUAGCAGAGGGCAUAAUGUUAAACAGGGGAAUUACAUCAGUUGUUAUUUUCUGUGUCUCUGUAUCGCUACUCAAUAAACGUAUUCCUCAUAAUGUC